UGGACUUUGUACAGUAAUUUCUGAUUCUUCUCUCUAAUUCCUCUUUGAUCUUCUUUUUGAGUAGUUACAUUCUAUCAAAUGAUGACCGGUACAAGCUGUGGUUGAGUUUAGCUUCAUUUCUCCUCCAUUUUUGGGCUUCCUUAUAUCUCAUCUGCUUGUCUAUCACAUCCUUCACUUCAGAUUUUUUUGCUUUAGUUCUCAUCUUAUCGGGGGUACAGUGAUCUGUCCUUUAGUGUUUCUUGUAUGAGGAACAGUGAUCUGACAUCUUCUGCCAUAAGAACCAUAAGAAGUUAUGGCAUUCGGGGCUGAAGUUCUAGUUUAUGGUGCAAUUUCCUUCUCCUGGAAUUGUUUUAGCUAUGCGUCUCUUGAUCAUAUAAUAGACUACCACAAUAUUUCAUAUUCAAUCUCAUGUUCUCUCUUCUAUUAAUAAAGCCGUGGUCUCAGUGCAAUUCGUUUGAUUUUGCAAGAUGGACAAGAGUGCCGUGGAGGGCAACUGUAACAAAAGUGACUUAACUCCUGUUGUCAACUCUAGUGUCACACAAAUUGUUGCUGCUGAAAAAUAUAAGGCAGAUGGAUGUAGUCAUUUUUCAAUCCGUGGCUAUGUUGCUGAGGUUCGUAAAAAAGACAAGAAGAUUUGUUGGCCAUUUUCUAUUGUUGGUGACCAUAACAAAUUGGAGGAAAAAAUAAUGCUUCCUCCUAUACAUGUUCCUAAAUUCAGACAGUGGAAUUGUCAAAACUGUCUGAGAAAGAUUGGUGCCAAUGAUACUCCAAAUGAAACAGGAAUGGUUACAAAUUGUUGCAAUAGAGUUACUAUUCCUUCACCUGGCUUCCAAGAAUCAUCUGAAGUUAACAUAGUUGGUAAAAGGAAAACCAUCUCAGAUGUGCUUCUCCAUAUAGUAAACAAGAAAAAGAAGGUUGAUAACAGGAAAUCCAGCUCAAGGGUGUCUCUCCGUAUAGCAAACAAGAAAAAGAAGAAAGAUGAAGUGAUGGACCCUAUCACAGGAGGAGAGAAUAAGAAUCUGGAGAUUUUUUGGUCACCCUAUAGUGUGAAGAGUGGUGAAAACCGCUUUGUAGAGGUGAGCUGUACAAUUGGAAGCGGCUUUGAGUUAGUGGUGGAUCUUGGAGCUGUUGGGCCUCAUGAGAACGUGAACACAACUGGAGAAUUGAACGAUGACCGCCAAGAUCCUCCAUCCUCAAAUGGAGACCCUUGUUUGGACCAUGACACUGAGAUAUCUGUUGUGAGAUCAGCUUUUCAGAAUAUGCAAAUUUAGCCGAAGAGGACGGUCAAAAAAAUAUUUCUAUGAGUCUCCCAAGUAAAUAAAUAUGUUCAAUGUGUAUGGGUAAGGACCACACCUCAUUUUCAGAGAGACUUUCCUCAUUCUAGGAGAAGGUUC